AUGUCUGACAGAAAAGGCCAAUAUACUCCCGUCAAUACCCACAACGACAACGACGACCACUCCCAGAACGCACUCCUCACGCAGGAAUUCGAACCCCCAGCCUACACACCCUCUACCGCACCCUCAUCACCCUACAUCGCAGGCCACCAGGUCCCCGGUCCUUCCUCAGCAGCUGGCCCAAGCGGCCCCGGUCUCUACCCCCAGCUCUACAACCCUCCUCAGCAGCAACCCUACCAACCCACAUACCAGCACCCCAAAUUCGACGACCACUCAAAGCCUCCACCAGCUCCUGCCGGUUUCGCUCCUCAGCCUCCAAACCAGCAGGCCAACUGUUUGGCGUCGCCGUUGAUUAUGAUGCGUCCCCCUGGUAGGAUCGAGGAUUUGAAGGCCAAGCCUGGUGUUGUUGUUUGUCCUCAUUGCCACUACCUUGUCCUCACCGAGACUACACCUGAGAAUGGAUCGUGCACAUACUUGGGAAUCCUGGGUCUCUUGCUCGCCGGUAUCACCUCCUGCGGAUGCUGUCUGUUGCCCUUGUGCAUUACCUCGACCAAGGACAUCAUGCACUCUUGCCCCAACUGCCAUGAGGACGUCGGUCUUUACUCUCGACUGAAGGAACGUACUUUCCCUCAAGCAUAA